CAAGUUUUGUAACGAUCCAAUAGGAGGAAGGAAAACAGCAGCUUCACAUUACAGUUGGUCGAAUAACCAGAUUUUUUACAAAUAUAUAAGAAUGCAACUAGUUAGUUAGGUAGCGGUCGACAUUUAAGCAAUUGUUACCUGGAUGAAAAUGUCAUGCUUUCUCAAUUUCAGUCAGGGGGAGGGUUUAGUAUUUUCUUGUAUUUAGUCCAGGGGAGGGUCGUGUAAUUUGCAAUCGAUUUAUAUGUCAAUAUUUGUCAGCAUUUUGGAAUAGCCGAAUUCAAUACGUACAUGUGUAACUUUGGUGUACAACCCUGCUCUCUCUCGUUCUCCUCGCUGAGCUCGGCUGGGUAGGCACUUAGCUUUUCGAUCAGACCCUCUCUGUGCUUGGUGUAUCAGAACGUGGACAUGCAGAGUAUCUGGAGAAUCAAAUGGUGCUCGUAGUGAUGACGUAGGGAGCUAGCGCACAAUAAGGACGGUAGAAAUGCUGCAUUCAAAACAACUGGGAACUCAGAAUUCUCAGACUUCGGUGCAUUCAAGACAACUUGGGAAGGGGGGCGGGAAUACGAGCUCAGACUGGGGAAAAUAGUUUGAAAGGUCAUCCAACUCCGAAUUCAAAGUUGGAAACUCGGGCAUCUUGCUAGGGCUCUGACUUUCCCAACUGAAGAUCACUGACAUUUUGUGUCCUCUUUUGUGUGUGUUGAGUUCCCAGUUGUCUUGAAAGCGCCAAAAAAACCUCUGGUUUAUCACAACAAGCAUGGCGUUGCACAGUUAUGAAAGCACCACAGCUCGUGAAACAUGUAUCUACACUACAAUUUACAGGUUUCUUUGCGGUCUCUGUCCGCUGAAGAGAGUCUAGAAAAGUUUAAUGGAAUUUUGGAGUUGAAUGGAGAUGGUUCCUCAAUGUGGAAAAACGUGAAGUGAUAAAAUCAGGUGUUGGAGGAGUUACUGAGUUUUUCAAGCGAUGUGUUUAUCCUAGGCUGCCUGUUAUUACAUCUGAUUUAUGUUUUUAUUAAAGCAUUAUUCUUACAUUCUAUAGUCAACUUACACACAACACUGACAUGCACUACCCCACCAGCUAUGUGUGACGUUUUAAAUGUAUGUAGAUCUGUCCUUAAUGAGAACUUUUUGUUGACCAAAAUGGUUCCUACUGUUGCCUACUACUAGGUUCAGCUAAUCAAGUGUUAGGCUAUUUGUUAAUAAAACAUGCAUUGAUCUUCUGUUAAGGCUUUUACGUUUUGAAAAAGACUGCCUCUUUACCGGACUUGUUUUUUUAUGUUUUCAACUACCGCUACCAAAGAUUUUAGUGUAUACUUGACUUUGUGGCUGUGUUACCUAGUGGGAACCGGCUACUGGCUAGAUUUUAGAGUAUACUUGACUUUGUGGCUGUGUUACCUAGUGGGAACCGGCUACUGGCUAGAUUUUAGAGUAUACUUGACUUUGUGGCUGUGUUACCUAGUGGGAACCGGCUACUGGCUAGAUUUUAGAGUAUACUUGACUUUGUGGCUGUGUUACCUAGUGGGAACCGGCUACUGGCUAGAUUUUAGUGUAUACUUGACUUUGUGGCUGUGUUACCUAGUGGGAACCGGCUAGUGCUUCCGGUAUGAGGGAGAGUUUAAUGAAAUAUUUAGCUGGCUAAUUCCCUUCCAUACCAACAGGUGGCAGUAACUGAACGAGUCAACUCUUCAAAAGACAGGAAACUAGUUUCUAAACGGCGUGUGAGCUAGAUGUCCUUCCACACAGCAACAAUGGCAGCCUCCAAUACCAAUGUGAUACGGGUGCGAUUGUAUUUUGAUUACCCGCCGCCCUCGGUAUCCGACUGUCGCAUGUGCUGGGUGCUCGUUGAUCUGAACAAAUGCCGGGUGGUAGCAGACAUAGCCAGCGUAAUCAGGGAAAAGUUCGACUUCAGUCGCAGGAGCAUUUUGAGUCUGUUCAUUGAAGACUGCUACCUGCCGCAUACAGAGAGCAUCUACGUAGUCCGAGACAACGACAGCAUCAGAGUGAAGGUGGACACCCUAACCCUUUCGAAUGGAAGUCAGUCCAAGAAGAGGAGGAGAGAUGCCGAGAAGGAGGAGCCCACACAGAACCGAGUGAGUGAAGAGUGGAAGAAAAGAAGAAGAAGAGAAAGAACGAGGAGGGUGAGGAGGCAGAUUCCUACCAGGCUGCAGUUGAAGAGAAGAGGAAAGAAGACAAGAAGAAACAGAAGAAGAAAAAGAAGGAUAAGAAGGUGGAGACCAAAACCACUGCCUCGUCCACAGGACCCUCUCCCACCUCGUCCACAGGACCCUCUCCCACCUCGUCCACAGGACCCUCUCCCACCUCGUCCACAGGACCCUCUCCCACUGUAGUCAAAUCAGACAAAAACACCAAGAAGGCUCCAGCGGCCACAGCAGUAUCUGUUAACGGUAAAGCCACAGCAAAGACCCCGAAUGGGGAAACGGACGACUCUUCUGAUUCCAGUGAAAGCAGUAGUGAGGAGGAGGCCCCCAGUAAAACCCCCAUGCAGAAACUACCCCCCAAAUCAUACUCUGCUAGCUCUACACCCCCUGUCACAUCUAAAGCCACCCCUGUAGUUAAACCCCCAGCCCCCAAUAAGAAACCACGCCCCCCUCCCUCAUCAUCUGAUUCAGACUCCUCAGACUCAUCGGGUGACGAUGCCUCUAGCAAAGCCACCACAGGCCAACCUCCCGUUAAAAACCAGACUCCUCUAUCCAAGCCUGCUGCCACUCCUCCUACCACCAUACCCACAGGCUCCGGAGCUGGUCCUAGGGACAAAACCACCCCCUCCAGCCUUCCUUCCUCAGGUCCCAGGACCUCUGUAUCCCCUGGCCAGAGAGCUAAUGCUCCAGGGCCAGGCUCUUCUGCAGUGCAGAAGGCCCAGAGGAGACCUGAGAGCCCAGGCUCAAGUAGUAGUAGUAGUAGUAGUGAGGAGGAGAUCCAGCUGGUUAUCAAACAACCGGGCCUGGGGAUGGGAAUAGUCCCUGCUAUGGCAGCAGAACCCACCUGGAGAGGCCGAGGCAGGGGAAGCCCUAGGGGUGCGGAGAGAGGUGGGGGUAGAGGGGUUAGGGGUAGAAGGGAUGGAGGCCAGGGUUGGGGAGGUAGAGGGGAGUGGGACAGGGGUCCUCGUGGUGGAGGUAGAGGGGAGUGGGACAGGGGUCCUCGUGGUGGAGGUAGAGGGGAGUGGGACAGGGGUCCUCGUGGUGGAGGUAGAGGGGAGUGGGACAGGGGUCCUCGUGGUGGGGGUAGAGGAGGGAGAGGAGAUAAUGCAGGGUUUUAUUUCAACUAUGAAGGUGAACAGCAGACUCAUCAGCAGCCACCAUCGUACCAGAAGGACUCCCUGAUUAACAGCUCUGUGGUGUUCCAGAACCCAUCAGAGAGUGUCCCCAAGAGGGACUACAGUGAGAUGCCCCUCCUAGCUGCUCCCCCUCAGGACGGACAGAAGAUCGCCUUCAAGCUGCUGGAGCUGACAGAGAACUACACACCAGAGGUGUCUGAGUAUAAGGAGGGGAAAAUCAUUCAUUUUGACCACAGCACCAAACAGAUUGAGCUAGAACUGCUCUCUGCUUAUCAAGCCCCGGUGGAGCCGGGGAAGUUUGACCUGGUGUAUCAGAACGCUGACGGAUCAGAGAGUGUGGAGUACGCCGUGUCCCGUGGCUCCAGGGUGACUGAACGUUGGGACUCGCUGCUGGAACCCAGGCUAGUUGUUGGGAAAUUGAGCUGAGGAACAAGAUGGACGUUCUUGGUCGACUUGGCCCAGGCAUUUCUGAAACACUAGCCCAUUCCCCCCCAUUGACUUCCCCAGUAUUGGUCAAAUUAUAAUAAUUCGGCACACAACCCCAAUUUAGACUCGGCUUAAGAUGGACCAGCCCAAAUCUGGCAUUUGCCAGAUCUGCCCCAUGGCCAGUCCGUUUCUGGUUGGGAGGAUGGACUGGGGCUUGUUCUGACAGCCCCAUAGAUGGUUUACCCUGGACCCAGAUGAAGCUGCAGAUGUUCCAUUGAGCAUGAUUAUUUUUAGUUCAGGAGUAGAGCCUUAAUCUGGGUCUGGGAAACCAGCCUUAAUGUCACCAUGUGGUUGAGUUUACAGUCUGAUGAAGAGCUGUAUACUGGUAUCUAUUUUACCUUACCAAACACCUUAUCCCAGCCUUACCCCUUUUUAUAUUACCCUGCUCCUCCCUACACUGGGGGAUUCAGCCUGAGGGCAGGAUUUUGUUCCAGCACAACAACAACAAAAAAUCUGGUCAAUUCCUCUUCAAGUCAAUUUUCAGAUAUGAACUAAUUCAGGAUGUUUUUUAUGAAGAUUUGUUCAAUUCAAUGGUUUUGAGUUUCAGUUUAUUUCCUCAGUAGACAAGAGUUAAAAUGAAAUUGACCAGAACCGUGGAUUCAGCUAAUCAAAGUCUGGAUUAAAGCUAUUGAUUAGUUCUGGGUGUGAUGAGCACCAUUUUAAUGACUCACUCAAACCUUCUAAUGUUGUAUUGUGGAAGGGAGGGUACAGGGUAGGUUGACAAACCUAAUGUAUUGUGGAAGGGAGGGUACAGGGUAGGUUGACAAACCUAAUGUUGUAUUGUGGAAGGGAGGGUACAGGGUAGGUUGACAAACCUAAUGUUGUAUUGUGGAAGGGAGGGUACAGGGUAGGUUGACAAACCUAAUGUUGUAUUGUGGAAGGGAGGGUACAGGGUAGGUUGACAAACCUAAUGUUGUAUUGUGGAAGGGAGGGUGCAGGGUAGGUUGACAAACCUAAUGUUGUAUUGUGGAAGGGAGGGUGCAGGGUAGAUUGCAUAAGUACCAUCAAAUAUGUUAUUUAAUCUUUGGUCUCUAUUUUCUUUUCUUUUUUCUUUUUACACAUUGAUAUAACUGUGAAUGUCCCAUCUCGAUUUUUUUUUUUUUUUAACUUGUUUGUAAGAUAAUAAAGUUUGAUAUCCUA